UUCAUGUCACUUAUCUCUCUAGAUGUUAAACACUGCAGUGUAAAGGUGCAGGGCAAUACAGUGGAUGCACCACAUCUAAGUGGGGCAGGUUAUCCUGACGGAGAACAGGUGGUGAAGGAUGUCAAGAUUCCUGCUGCAGGGGCAGAGGGGCGACGACCGGAAGUCCCGGCCCUGGACUCCAUCUAUUAACUGACCGGAAGGAUUCACUGAGAACACGGGAGCGGCUGCGGGGGGCGUUGCGAGGCGGCGCGCGCAUGCCCCGCCCCCGGGCCCCUCCGCGCACGCUGAUUGGCAGAGCUCCGAGUGGGUGUGGCCGCAGACAAGCAACGGUCUGAGGCCAGGCGUCUGGAGCGGCUCUGCCGGCUGCGUGUCGCUGCCGCGGGUCGGCGCAGGGACCUCAGGAAACCAAAAUGAGGCAUAAUCAGCUGUGUUGUGAGACACCACCUACUGUCACUGUCCAUGUAAAAUCAGGGCCUAAUAGAUCACAUCAGCCUAAAAAACCCAUUAAUCUGAAGCGUCCUAUUUUUAAAGAUAGUUGGCCAGCAUCUGAAAAAAAUGCACAUAAUAACAAGUCUAAACGUCCCAAAGGACCCUGUCUAGUUAUACAGCGUCAGGAAAUGACAGCUUUCUUUAAAUUAUUUGAUGAUGAUGUAAUUCAAGAUUUCUUAUGGAUGGACUGUUGCUGUAAAAUUGCAGACAAGUAUCUUUUGGCUAUGACCUUUGUUUAUUUCAAGAGGGCUAAAUUUACUAUAAGUGAGCAUACCCGGAUAAAUUUCUUCAUUGCUCUAUAUUUGGCUAAUACAGUUGAAGAAGAUGAAGAAGAAUCUAAGUAUGAAAUUUUCCCAUGGGCUCUAGGGAAAAAUUGGAGAAAGCUAUUCCCUAACUUCUUAAAGUUAAGGGACCAACUCUGGGAUAGAAUUGACUAUAGGGCAAUUGUAAGCAGGCGAUGCUGUGAGGAGGUUAUGGCCAUUGCUCCGACCCACUAUAUAUGGCAACGGGAACGCUCUGUGCAUCACAGUGGAGCUGUCAGAAACUACAAUAGAGAUGAAGUUCAGCUGCCCCGGGGACCUAGCGCCACGCCGGUAGAUUGUUCCCUCUGUGGUAAAAGAGGAAGAUAUGUUAGACUGGGGUUGUCGUCAUCAUCUUCUUCAUCCAGUGAUACAGUAGAGGCAACUGAAAACCCAUCUGGGGAGUCACACAACUCGCUCUCCGCAGGCAGAGUGGUUGACCCUGCUGAAGCUCAUAGCCGUUCUCCAGCCAAUGACCAUCAAUCAAACAAAGAAAAGAAACAUAAUUCUAUGAAGAAAGACAAAUCUAUGGAGUGGUUUACAGGCAGUGAAGAAUGAAAUGACGCAGCUGGAAUCCUUUAGAAAAUGUCAAAUUAACUAGAAGACAAGUAUCAAAAUAAGACAUUUAAGCAGUUUGAAAUGUUACACACCCUUUUAAAGCUUGUUACUUUUCAAAAUUUUAAGGAAAAGUUAUACAAACCAUAGUAACAGCUAAAAACCCCAAUCUCUGAAAGUAGUGCUUUGGAAUAUAAAGUUCUGUUUUGAUGUUCCUCCUUCUUCAGAUCAGUUACUGUCUGUCACCUGAGAUGCUUGGGUGAAAUUUGAACUUCCUCAACUUGACAAGAAAAGCUAAUUAAAAAAAAAAAAAAAGUAAGAAAAAUGGCCAUGACAAUAAUGAGAAGGAAGCGCCCCUUAAUAUGGCCUGAAAACAUGAAAACACGACUCACCUGUGUGGCUCUUCUGCUUAUGUGAUGGCUUAGCAACAUAGGGGAGCGGUCCAUCUGGCAAAGCAGAAUGUGAGUCUUCUGUUGUGGAACAGAAUACAUAGCAUAAUACAGAAUGACAAUAUAUAUGCAAAGUGUAUUAGUUUGUUCACAAAACUGUUAAAAUACAAACCAUAAAUUACUAUGCCUUUACUCUUAAGUUUUUUCUCUCAGGGUUUUUUUUGUUUGUACUUUCUCCUCAGCCCUGUUAGAUUUUUUUUUUUUUAAGCAUUUUGUUUUGGAGCUACUCUGCCAGGCAUUAUACAGAAAUGAUUUAUAAAGGAUUACAUGACUAGUUUAUAUAAAGGUUUAUAAUCUAGUAGGUAAGUCAAUAUCAUAAACUAAUGGAUAUUUGAAAACUUGUUUGUGGCUUAAAUAAUGUUUACAAUAUAAUAAAUUCAGUUCUUUGAAGCA